AUGAGUGUGGAUGAUGCCAAGCAGCAGCCUUCACUUGAUGACACUUUGAAGGAAUCAGCAUACUACAUGGAGGAUACAAGUGAAUACAACAAGUCAAACAGAGAUGCCUUUAAAAAAUAUUUAAGACUACAUCAAGAUGAACUGCGUAACAAACGUAGCUUUCGCAAAGGCAAUUUUACUAGUCCAACUUUCAAACCGUCACCUGUAUCAGGAAAUUUCAAACAUGUUGUCAAGCAUGCCCAUCCUAAUUUAAACCACAAUUAUACCCCACUUGAGAAAUGGCUAAAGGAACAAAAGAAAGAACAAACGUUGAAACCAGACGAGGGGCAACAAGCAGCACAACAAAGGAAUGAAAAGACGGAGGAUGAAGUGCUUAUGGAGCAAUUGAAAAAGGAGAUAUCCAAGUUGGAUAGCGAGAUAUUUAGACUUGAACAGCAGUAUGCUGCAUCUAGGAAAAAGUGUGAUUUUGUCAGUGUCAAGUUGCUAUGCAUGCGUAUGACGUACGGCUCAGAAUAG